AUUUUGAAAACAACAAACCGGAAGAGGUGCUGACGCAGGGUUGUUGCUGACAACGGUCUACGUUGACUUCAGACGCCACAAAGUGAAUCGGUUGUAAGAGAGCGGCUGGAUUAUUACGCUUGUGCGUGUAUGUUUGAGUGAGCUGAAGAAAGACAUCGCUGUGCCGUCUGUGUGUAUGUGAGAGUGCACGUGUGUGCGAUGUCUUCAGAACUGCUGGUAGAUGUGGGCGACGACUCUGCAACGGCGCAGCUAGGACAGCUGAAGCUGACUACCAUAGAGGACCAGCAGUGGCCCGCUGACGAGUCUUUCCUCAGCAAGUCAGAGACAGAUGUUUCCCAGCAGUUUGACGCCAGCUCUCCACACCUGCCCUGGGACCACCCUUUCUAUGACAUUGCCAGACAUCAGAUCAUCGAAGUGGCCGGUGAUGACAACUUUGGCAGGAAGGUGAUCGUGUUUAAUGCCUGCAGGAUGCCGCCGCAGCACCAGCUGGACCAUCAUAAGCUGCUGAUGUAUCUCAAAGGAACCCUGGAUCAGUAUGUGGAGAGUGACUACACUGUGAUCUACUUUCACCACGGGAUGACCAGUGAAAACAAAAUGUCCCUCAGCUGGGUGCGGGAUGCAUACAGGGAGUUUGACAGAAAGUACAAGAAGAACAUCAAGGCCCUGUACAUCGUCCAUCCCACCAUGUUCAUCAAGACUCUGCUGAUCCUCUUAAAACCAAUUAUAAGCUUUAAGUUUGGCAGGAAGAUCAACUACGUGAGCUAUCUGAGUGAGCUGGAGGAUGUGGUCAAGUGUGAUCAGCUGGUCAUUCCUUCCCGCGUCAGAGAGUAUGACAACAAAUUAAGAGCAUCUCUGAAACCCACCACACAGCCCCCCAUGUCUCCUCCUCACAGCCCUCCUCUCCCCAGCCAGGUGUUUGGGGUGCCACUAACGCUGCUCAGACAGAGGGAUCCAGAUGGCGAUCCAGUUCCUGUGGUGAUGAGAGACACCGUUGGCUUCCUCUCAGAGCAAGGCUUGGAGAUUGAGGGCAUCUUCAGACGAUCUGCCAACGUGACUCUGGUGAAGGAGGUCCAGCUCAGGUACAACUCAGGUACGACAGUGAACCUCAGAGAGAUGGAAGAUGUGCACCUGGCUGCUGUCAUCCUGAAAACAUUCCUGAGGGAACUCCCCGAGCCUCUGCUCACCUAUCAGCUCUACAAUGACAUUGUCAACUUUGCCUCUGUGUCCAGUGAGAGUCAGGUGACAGUAAUGAAGACGCUGGUAGAGUCACUGCCGGAGGAAAACUACGCAUCGCUGCGAUACCUCAUCACAUUUCUGGCACAGGUAUCGGCCAACAGUGAGGUGAAUAAGAUGACCAACAGUAACCUGGCUGUGGUCUUUGGUCCCAAUCUGCUCUGGGGGCGGGACAACGCCAUGUCGCUCAGCGCCAUUGGACCAAUCAAUAACUUCACGAGAACCCUGCUGGACCAGCAGCAUCUGGUGUUUGCUUAAUGUCCAGCCCUCUGCUCUGAGCUCUUUCUGCCAAUGUGAAACGCCGCCGAGACCCUCCUUCCCUGCAGCAUUUAGCCUUUAGCUUACCUUAGGAGCAUCAUCAAAGUACUCAGACAGGCCUGACUGUCUCUUACAUGCCGCGCACAUUUAAAAAGAUUCAGUGGACCAAGUUAUUUGUGUGUCUCCGGUUGUUCUGAGCGUCCUGUUAUUAUGUCUGGCAACUUCUGGCAUUUCUAUUUGACUCCAAGCAUGAAAACAAGUGGAAACAGCACACGUGUUAGAGCUCAGGCAAAUAAAAAUAAUGUGAGCAAAAAAUAACAGAAAACACUACAAAAUGCAACCGAUGGUAAACACGAAAGAUCCAGAUCCCCAGUUUUGUUACAGCGUUAAAUUAGAGGCUGUUCACGUAUCACAGCAUGAAACGCUGCGGCCCUGAUACCACCUGCGUGAGUGGUGCUCCACUGUGAGCCGUGAUAACUCGACAUCACUUUGCAUCAUGAAACCCCACAAACACGUCACGAGUACAGAUACAGACGUGCACGUUUCCCUUCCUUUAAGUCAGUGUAGUGCUUCCAGCAGUCUCCACGAGCACAACAUGAACCUGAACGAUGACGUGAAGUCGUUUCAUGCGGGUCUCAGGCCGGCACACUAUAAAGAGCUGCAACACUGGGGGAGGGGGACAUAAAUCUGAAAUCACUACAUGUGUGUGAAUGCAGGGCUAGUCAUUUGCUGCCAUGUGCUUCUCUACCACCCCGAACUGCUCCGUCCAUGCCUCCGUCACUCCUACCUGCACGCGUUCAUAUCUAUAUUCAGCCCUGCAUCGCUGCCCUGCUUCAACAAGCUGGUUUGCAUCUUUUAUCUCUGUCAGUAGCAGCUGGUCGUGUUGUUUUCUAUGUAGUGCCAAAAAGGCGUUUCACCUGUGUUACCAAAUGUUCUUUAGAUUCUGAUUCUGCGCUAAAGAGAGGGCUGAUGAGGAGAGUGGAGGCGUGACGCAGGUUUACGUCAGAAUGGUGAACUCGGUACCGAACUUUGUGGACAAUCUAUGAAAUGCUGUACUUGGAUUGGCAGAAACCAGCCACAGCUGUGCACGUGGAGUCUUUCUCUUCCUUUAUAUGACUGUAAUUUUACUAAUAGCAGUGUCAUUUGGACCUGUAGCUGGUGUCCCGGGUAAACGGCACACUACAAAAGUGUGCUGAGUGACGGCUUCAUACUCGGCACUCUGCGGGUUUGGUGACAAAGUGUAGAUGUGACUGCGCUCCCUGGAGUGACGCCGUUGUUGUUUAAAUUACAGGGAGACGGUCGGUACGUCGGGCAUGUGGUGGACUCCCACAGGCCAGCGUCUCUGCUGCCCUCUGUGUGACUGAUUGUGCGAGCAGACGUGAUGUGUGCUCAUACAAUCAGUAAUAAUAUAAGUUGUAAUGGAUUCAUGUUUUCAUUUGUAGCAGCGUCACUUCAGUGUACAUAAUGAAUGAUUUUGGGUGUCUGAUUUCCUGUGAUUGUCCCAAAUUUAAUUAAGUAGAAGUACCUGAUACUGAGUCUUACUCUGUGUACCGUUUCAGGAGUCUGUCCAAGUUAUGUGCUGGUUUUUGGCUCUGUGUUUGUGGCGCAGUGCUGUGGUGUGCUGCACAUAGUCCACACUGAGCAGUGCAGUUAACAGACCCCACACGCCUCAGAGGGCACCGGGGCUCCAGGCCAGCUGUUCGUCCAUUUGUUUGUUGAGUAUUAAUGUAGGAUAUAGACGCAUUAGAUCAGAGCUGUCUAGGAUGAAACACACCCUUUGGCCAAUCACAAGCCAGUAUUCCUUUUAGCUCUUGUGUUUUCUUUAGGAGCAGGCGUAUGAGGAGCAUGCAGCAGGACUGUAACCCGUCAGAAUCGGCUUUUACUCUCUCCUCUGUAGAGAGGAAAGUGUGAACCCUUUGAAAUGAUUUAGUUCUUCCUAAACCCAAAGAUGAAUCAGUCCCUUAUAGAGCGCAGCCAACACGAGCGGUGGCUGAUCGGUGUGAUUGUUUGAGCAGCUCACAGCCUCCUGUUAGGUGAGCAGCAGCCCCCGUCCUCGGCUUUUUGAGCGCAGGCACUGGAUGCACACAGGUGACUGUGGGCUCUCGCAGAGGUUCCCGGGUGCAGCUGUAUGGCCUCCCAAAGGCUGCAUUGUGUUCUCAUUUAUCUCACGGUUCAGCAGUGAUGCACAGACGCUGUGGGGAGUUGGUUGGGAUGUCUUUGCUGUUGAGGGUUUCACUGUUAUCGCUGCUUUCACAGCCUCCAGCACAGCUACAACUUUCCUUAAUGAGGGUUUUAAUUUCUGUGGCUAAAUGAGAACUGUGUGGCCGUAACAGAGGCCUUAAGCUUCCUGCUGCAUUUAUCAUUGCUCAUGUUCUUUCCUGUAAUAAUCACCUGUGAUUCCUGAGAAGAACAUUAUUUCUGCAAGUCUCAGUUUCUGUCCUCAGUCUGUUUCCAGAGUCUUGGUGUAAAGGACAGCCUCACAGUGAUUACAGCACCUGCAGUCGUUACCUCUGACACGUUGUCUCUUUCCUUUAGUCAGCCAGUUUCUAAAGACUCAAAACAAGCUGUUCAACUAGAUGUCUUUCAUUGCAACAAACUAUCAGUGGGUACAUAUUGGUGUUGUGGUGUUCCUGUAACGAUGUGACUGAAAAGCACCAAAACAGUCCGAAUUUCAGUUUGACUGAAGCUGAGAGCAAAAACGACAACAAAAAGUGUUUGCCUGUUUUAAUGCCACAGUGACGUGUGUGUUUGUGUGUACCAGUGCAGAUGGGUUUCACUGCAGACGAGGGCUGCGUGUGUGAAUGUUGUCAGGUGGUGGCAUCUCCGUUUUUUAAUGGUGUGACGUAGUGAGACAGGCCUUCCUGUUUGACUGUGAGUCAUCUUUGAUCUGUUCAAAAUAUCUGUGAAACACAAAAAGAGCGAGCCAAGCAGUUUCUCUGAACCUUAAAGCUAGUGGAGAUGCACUUUUUAAAUAGUCUGUGUGUGUUUGUGCGUGCUCGUGCCUUAUUUGUUUCCCCCGCGUGGUCAUGUGAUUAGCCAUCUAAGUGCCAGUGUGAUCAUUCUGCCAUAGAUUAAAUAAGACGGGGUGCGUUCAACAAAGCUCUGGUGUUUGCUGGUGUUCAGAGCAGCCCGUGACGCGUGCGGCGUGGCCCCCACCCAAACGCUGACUUUGUUGAGAGCAGCUCAGCUGUAAUGGGCGACGGCAGACUUGAGGAUUUGUCUUCGUUACAAAAUCGAGCUCGAGUCUGAGCUUCGAGUGUAAACACACUCGUCUGAUCUUCUCACAAAACUCGGUUUAGUUUCGUUUGCAGGUUUUAAGACGGCGUAGCUGAGAGUCAGCAGGUGAGCGAGACGGGUAAAAACGCUUCCUUUUCUAACCCCACUGUAAAGCUUCAGCUGUGUCCCGUGUUCCUUUCCCGAAACGCUGAUUCUUCUCAACUCUGCUGAUCCGUUACAGCCUCUCUAAUCUAUGGGUCUUUGUACUGUAACUGUUGUCAUGGUGACUGAACUUCUCUAAGGGAGAAAUUCAUUGGUUCCCAGGCUGAUUUAUUUUUACUUAGUGACCUUAUUUUCUUAACUCCUUUUUUUUUCAUCCUCUUUUGAUAUGUUGUGGAUCUCAGUCUUAUACAUGUGUGAUAUAAAUGGUGAUAUCCUGUAAUGUUAAUGUGUGCAAACAAUAAAGAAAUGAU